AUGUUGUUGAUGGCCAAACUGUUUACGAAGAGUGCCAAGCUACCAUCGCUCUCCGUGGAUUGUUUCUCCCUCAAGGGCAUCCCCUACACAAGCGACCGGUCCUUUGCGUUUGACUCCAGCAAAGUCACCUUUGGGGUGCGGCUAGACGCCAUGGGUGAGAACGCCCAGUCCUCCGUGGCCUCGGUGGAGGGACGCCUGCCAUGGCUGACAUCCUUGCUCACCAAGAACGGGGUCCAGCCUGACACAGCCGAUGUUGCUGUGCGCAAGCGUUCACGUCUGUCUUGGUGCAACCCCAAGAAACCCUGUGUCUACUGCCUCAACCAUAUCGACGCCGUGGCGUCCGGUCUAUCUCGAGGCACGAGGAGGAAAAGCUGUCUUUGCAUGCCUGCGAGUUGGAAGAGCAUCGACGAGAAGACACGCUCGGAGGCCCGCGACGCUGCCUUCUCGGCACUCGAACGCAAUGAGGUUUCUCCCCUUGGCCCGGCCCCGGGCCUUGACAGUGAGGAGGGCGCAUCAACCCCGCCGCCGCAGUCGCCCACGCAGGAAUCCAGCAAGACCAAGCGGCCUUGGCAGGAGAAUCGCGGCGACAGCGACCGCGAGAGCGAGAUGGCGCUGGAGGCGGUCAAGAAGGUCCACAUCAAGAACGAGGCAGACGAUGAUGACAUGGACCACCAGGCACGUGGAAAGGAGCAGCCAGACAGCUCCAGGGGGUCAAACGUCGUCGGCGUAAGUCGCCCAGCCAAGCGCCUCCGCUCAUUGCUCCGAGGCGACCAGAAGCCGCGCGCCGUUGAAGAGAGCGCGGCUGCCACCGAUGAGCGCUCGGACGCCGCCGAGCCCGACGAAGCGGACGGGGAUGAAGCAGUGGAGAAGGCGACAACUGACGGCGGAAACGCGCCCGAGAGGAACGACGCGGAGGCACCACAAGGGAAACCGGCGAAGGUGGUGCGGAAGAGGCGGCGCGGGCUGUCGGCCGAGCUGCGGUCCCUGCAGCUGUGGAGCCACUGGGAGGAGGAAGAGGAAGAAGACAGCACCAACGAUAACGAAAAUGAGGAGAGCGAUAACAAGAAAGAGGAGAGAAAGAGGAAGAAACACAAGGAGAACGAGAAGUGGGAUGACGAAGAGGAAGAGGAGCAGCAGCAGCAGACCCGGCGGGGCAAGCUGCGCAGGUCGGCCAAGAGCAGCGACACGGAAGCCAAGAAGGACGAGCAGCAACGCCGAACGAGGUGGGCCAAGAGGGACUCUGAGUCGGAGGAGGCGGACGAGAAGCAGCUGCGGACAACGAGGCGGAAGGAGAAACAGGGAAAGGUGGACGAGAAAAUGGCAAAGAAGGAAAGGGAAAAGGAAGAAGAGGAGAGGAAGGAGCGGCGAGAAAGCGAGCUGAGGAGGUCGUUGCGGUCGCGGGAGGAGCGGGAGAAGGCCAAGCUCGAACGAGAGGCCAAGCUGCGCGCCGAGGAGGCCAAGCGGAAAUUGGAACAGGAGAAAAGAGAACAGGAGAAGAAGGAGAAGAAGAAGAGAGACCAGAAGAAGAACAAGACGAAGAUCGAGGAGGAGAAAGAAGAGGAGGAGAUGAGAAGAGAACGAAAGGAGGAGGAGAGACGUGGCAAGCGAAAGAAGAGUACGAGCCAGUUGAAAACGGCGACAUCAACGAACUCGACAACAAGCAAUGGACCGCCGAAGGAGGAGGACACUGCCGUCGCGGCCCUGCUGAGCCUUAUCUCUGAGAAUGCUGCGCUGCCCGCGUUGGAUGAGGCGACAAUGCAGAAGCUCUCUGCUUCGAUGAGCAGCCGACCGAGCCUGGCCACCUCCGCACAGUUCGAAGAGAUAGUACUCGAUGACGAUGAAGACGACGACAACGCUGACGACAGGCACCGUCCCAGGAAGGCGGCCAGGCCGGGCAACGUGGCUGCGGUCGCUGAUCCCCACCAGACCCACCUGCCCAGCCUGGCCAGCCUUUUUCUGGGCAGUUCCCUGCGGCAAGCGUCGAUCGCUGGCGUCCCUGCGCCCCCACCGUCCCUCCCGCACGUACCCCUCCCGCCAUCACCCAGCGGGCUGCGUGCGGCCUCGAGCACUGUUGCCGCAAAGCCGCCAAGUCAAGCCCGGGCCUCUCCACGCCCCUCCACCCCGCCCACGCCCACGCCCACGCCCGCCUCUGCCCCGACCACUCAAUCCGCGGCCCACUAUGCGGGCGUCGGUCAAGCCCUGCCACCUGCGCCGCCUGGCUUUCCCUACGCGACCGCAGUCGCCAACGCAGCGCGCGCGAUGACGCCCGAGCACGCCUACGCGGCGCAGCUGACCGCCGCACACAUGGCGCAUCUCAACCCGCAGCUGCUCCUCCAGCUCCUCCAGCAGUCGCUCCACUUCCCGUCGGGCAGUCAGGCGGCUGCCGCGCACGCCGCCCAGGCCCUGAUGUACGCCCCACUCCUCAACCUCCCACCGGGCGCAGCCGCCCAGUUCCGUCCGUCGACCACCAGCUACCCGUCGGCGCCACCCGCUCCACCAGCCGCCACACGAACACACCAGGCAGCGCCGCCACGGACAUGGCCUCCGUCCAACCACCAUAAGUGA